UUGGAUUGUUUCCCUCCAAACCAUUAUAAAUAUGUGCCCAAUCCCCCACCUUCCCUUUAGGGAGAAACACAACAACACUUUCUCAGUUCUUUCUUUCUUUCUUCAUAAGAAAAAAAAAUGGAGAAGUGAGAUGUUGUGGCAACUUCCUAGAGAGUUCCAAGCCUUAUUUCGCAAUGAUUUCAUUGCAAUUUGGGUAUGCUGGCAUGAACAUCAUCACCAAGGUUUCACUUAACAGAGGCAUGAGCCACUAUGUCCUUGUUGUCUACCGCCAUGCUUUUGCCACUGCUGUUAUUGCUCCCUUUGCUCUAAUCUUCGAAAGGAGAGGGCAACCAAAGAUAACCUUCCCCGUUUUCAUGCAAAUAUUUAUCCUGGCUCUUCUGGGGCCGGUGAUUGAUCAAAAUUUCUACUAUGCUGGGCUGAAAUAUACGUCUCCAACUUUUUCAUGUGCCAUGAGCAAUAUGUUGCCUGCAAUGACAUUCAUCAUGGCCGUCAUGUGCAGGAUGGAGAAGAUUGAUGUUAAGAAAGUGAGAUGUCAAGCGAAGAUAGUGGGAACAAUGGUGACAGUGGCAGGCGCAAUGCUGAUGACCUUGUAUAAAGGACCCAUUGUUGAAUUGUUUUGGAGUAGGAAUAUUCAUCCUAAACAAUCUUUUGCAGAUAAUACAACUGGAAAUACUGACAAAGAUUGGAUCAAAGGCUCCAUUCUCCUAAUAUUAGCCACCCUUGCUUGGGCUUCCCUCUUUGUCUUACAGGCGAAAGCAUUGAAGACAUACAAGAAUCAUCAGCUUUCUCUAACAUCAUUAGUGUGCUUUGUGGGGACAUUACAAGCCAUUGUUGUUACAUUUGUGAUGGAGCACAAGGCUUCAGCUUGGCAAAUUGGUUGGGACAUGAACCUACUUGCGGCUGCCUAUGCUGGAAUAGUGGCAUCAAGCAUAUCAUAUUAUGUACAAGGGAUGGUUAUAAAGAAAAGGGGUCCAGUUUUUGCCACUGCUUUCAGCCCUCUGAUAAUGAUCAUAGUUGCAAUCAUGGGGUCUUUCAUCUUGGCUGAGAAGAUUUUUCUUGGAGGGGUGGUAGGUUCCAUUUUGAUAGUGAUGGGGCUUUAUUCUGUCCUAUGGGGAAAACACACAGAGAGCAAAGAGAUGGAAGAUGAAGCAAUUAAAGGCACAGUAAGUGGUGACAUUGAAGCCAACCAAGUGCAGAAGAAUAAGCUCUCACAUGUCGCCUUAACCAUCGAAAUGCCUGAAUCCCCCAUUAAACCCAACAGUAACCAAAAAUAGUUUAGAAUUUGCAAAUUUAUGGGAUAUUUUUAGAAGAAAAAAAAAACAU